CCCUGAGUUGAAGGCCAAAGAGGGAAAGGAGGCCUUACCCUGCCACUCUGAGCACAGGCUCCAGGCUCUGUUGCCUGGUCCAAUAGCACACUGCAAAGGGUCACUCUAAAAAUUGCUGCCGCUGGGACUUGUCAGGUGGCUGCCAGUGGCUCCCCAACGGAUUUUCCUUCCUUCUCCCUCUUUCUCUCUUUCCACAGAUAACUUCUCCCCUCGAGGAGUUUACUGCUGAAACUUCAUUAUUACAAGUCAGGGAGGCUACUUCAUACAGGAGGCAAACUCUUGCUAAACUCUUGCCAAUAUGGCCCCCAAAAAGAAGACCGUUAAAAAGAACAAAGGAGAUAUCAAUGAGAUGACUAUAAUUGUUGAAGAUAGCCCCCUAAACAAGCUAAAUGCCUUGAAUGGACUCUUAGAAGGAGGUAAUGGCCUAAGCUGCAUUUCUUCAGAAUUAACAGAUGCCUCUUAUGGUCCCAAUCUCUUGGAAGGUUUAAGUAAAAUGCGCCAGGAAAGUUUUCUUUGUGACUUAGUUAUUGGCACCAAAACCAAAUCCUUUGAUGUUCACAAGUCAGUGAUGGCUUCAUGCAGUGAGUACUUUCACAACAUCUUAAAAAAAGACCCAUCUACACAAAGGGUAGAUCUCAAUGAUAUCUCACCGCUGGGCUUGGCCACUGUCAUUGCAUAUGCCUAUACUGGAAAACUGACUCUCUCCUUGUAUACAAUUGGAAGCAUUAUUUCUGCUGCUGUUUAUCUUCAGAUCCAUACUCUUGUAAAGAUGUGCAGUGAUUUUCUGAUUCAUGAGAUGAGUGUUGAGAACUGCAUGUACAUUGCUAACAUUGCUGAAACAUACUCCCUGAAAAAUGCAAAAGCAGCAGCCCAAAAAUUCAUCCGGGAUAACUUCCUUGAAUUCGCAGAAUCCGAUCAUUUUAUGAAACUUACAUUUGAUCAAAUUAAUGAACUUCUUAUGGACGAUGACUUACAGUUGCCUUCUGAAAUAGUAGCAUUCCAGGUUGCAAUGAAAUGGUUAGAAUUUGACCAAAAGAGAGUUAAACAUGCUGCAGAUCUUUUGAGCAACAUUCGCUUUGGCACCAUCUCUGCACAAGACCUGGUCAAUUAUGUUCAGUCUGUACCAAGAAUGAUGCAAGAUGCUGAUUGUCAUAAACUUCUUGUAGAUGCUAUGAACUACCAUUUACUUCCAUAUCAUCAAAACACAUUGCAAUCUAGGCGCACAAGAAUCCGUGGAGGCUGCAAAGUCCUUGUCACUAUUGGGGGACGUCCAGGCCUUACAGAGAAGUCCCUUAGUAGAGAAAUCUUGUAUAGAGAUCCUGAAAAUGGAUGGAGCAAGCUUACAGAAAUGCCAGCCAAGAGUUUUAAUCAGUGUGUGGCUGUAAUGGAUGGAUUUCUUUAUGUGGCUGGUGGUGAAGAUCAGAAUGAUGCAAGAAAUCAAGCCAAGCACGCAGUCAGCAACUUCUGCAGAUAUGAUCCCCGCUUCAACACGUGGAUACACCUUGCCAGCCUGAACCAGAAGCGCACGCACUUCAGCCUGAGCGUCUUCAAUGGGCUGCUCUACGCAGUGGGCGGCCGCAACACCGAGGGCAGCCUGGCCUCUCUGGAGUGCUACGUGCCCUCCACCAACCUGUGGCAGCCCAAGACGCCCCUCGAGGUGGCGCGCUGCUGCCACGCUAGUGCUGUCGCCGAUGGCCGAGUGCUGGUGACCGGCGGGUACAUCGGCAACGCGUACUCGCGCUCCGUGUGCGCCUACGACCCAGCCAGCGACUCCUGGCAGGAGCUGCCGGGCCUCGGCACGCCGCGAGGCUGGCACUGCGCCGUCACGCUGGCAGACAGGGUCUAUGUGAUGGGGGGCAGUCAGCUGGGGCCGCGCGGGGAGCGCGUGGACGUGCUGACCGUGGAGUGUUACAGCCCCGCCAGCCGCCAGUGGAGCUACGCGGCGCCGCUGCCAGUGGGCGUGAGCACCGCGGGCGCCUCGGCGCUGCACGGCCGCGCCUACCUCGUUGGGGGCUGGAAUGAGGGUGAGAAGAAGUACAAGAAGUGCAUCCAGUGCUUUAGCCCUGAGCUCAACGAGUGGACGGAAGACGACGAGCUGCCCGAGGCUACCGUGGGCGUGUCUUGCUGUACCCUCUCCAUGCCCAACCACGUGACCCGAGAAUCCCGGGCCAGCUCCGUGUCUUCCGUGCCAGUUAGUAUCUGAACCCAGGUAGAUGUGGGGAUACAGGAAGAACUACUAUGUAUUCGUGGUAACCUUUGAGUUAGCAGAGAGAGAGAGAGAGAGAGAGAGAGAGAGAGAGAGAGAGAGAGAAAGAAAGGCAAGUUUAUGUAACAGUUACUACAGUGGUUAUAUUUUCAAAUUUAUGAUGGUUUUUAAUGCCUGCUAUGACAUCAUCUACCUCUUAGAUAUUUAAAAGCGUAAUAAUAAUACAGGUUUAUAACCAACAAAGGAAAUAAAAAAAAAGAGAAGGUUUAUCUCCGUAGCCACAAGGUGGCGGACAGAAUUCAUGGUAGGUAUUCUUCCAUUAUGGCACGUUUCCUAACUGCACCCGUGGCUGAGAUUUUUCUAGUGUAUUUUAGUGCAUAUAAAGGUUAUGUGUAUAAGAGAUUCCACGUACAAAAGUUUAAGUUCUUUUUUCCAUAGGAUGUUUAAAAAAUUUCAUUUGCAGUUUCCACUUAAAAAUGGAAAUCUGUCUAUAUCCAUAAAGACUUGAAGUUUAAUUCUAUAUUCUAAUACAGGUUGGUUUUUUUUUUUUUUGCUUUACACAAGAUGAGAAGUUUGGUAAUAUGUGUGCUUAACUGGGUGCGCCGUAGCUUGGUUGUCUAAGACGAAAAAUUUGUAUUCCUGUACUGACCUAGUAAGGAAUCCCAGGACAACGCCAUAAAAAACAAAGUCAGACAGGAAAGUAACAGGAAUUACAUACAAGAACUGUCAAGUUGAUAUAUUCUUUCAUGCCUCCAGCCCAAAUGUACCUUUUCUUAGAGGAGUUGCUAUUGAUAUUUGUGAUUUAACUUAUACUAGAAAUUCAAGUCAUUUUCUUGAUUUCCUGGUAUUUGUAAUUAAACC